UCCCCACCGCCACAUCCUUUUUUUUACCUCAUUUUCUCAAAAUUAUCCGUCACCAAAAAGGCCAUACCAAAACAUUCUUCUUCUUCUCUUCUUUCUGUGCCGGGUGUCGGGUCGGGUCGAUGCACCGACAGGAUCCGCCGAAAAUGAAGCCGAAUCGCGGCGCCGUUCGGGUGCUGUGCUUCUUUGCAGGCUGCGUCGUCUUCUUACUGGGUACGACGGCGCUCACGGCGGCUGCUCAGAAUGCGACGGCCAUGGCGGCGGUGAACGUGGGCGUGGUGAUGGAUUUUGAGAGUAGGAUCGGGAAGAUGGGGUUGAGUUGUAUCGACAUGUCGCUCUCGGAAUUUUACGCCGCUAAUCCGGACUACAAAACCAGAAUUGUUCUUCACACCAGAAACGUCGGCAACGACGACGUCGUCGGAGCGGCGGCUGCAGCCGUUGACCUGAUCAAGAACAAGAAAGUUCAAGCAAUCUUGGGGCCGACGAGUUCAAUGCAAGCCAACUUCGUGAUCGAGCUCGGCCAGAAGGCUCAUGUCCCCAUCCUCAGCUUCACCGCCACCAGCCCCGCCCUCGCCUCCCUCCGGAGCCCCUACUUCUUCCGCCUCGCCCAAAACGACUCCGUUCAAGUUGCUGCCAUCAGUGCCAUCGUCAAAACAUUCGGCUGGAGGCAGGUAGUACCAAUCUACGAAGACGACGAGUUCGGAGACGGCAUCCUACCGUACUUAAUCGACGCGCUACAAGACGUAAACGCGCGCGUGACGUACCGGAGCGUGAUAAACCCGGCGGCCACCGGCGACCAGAUCGGAGAAGAGCUCUACAAACUAACGACGAUGCAGAGCAGAGUGUUCGUGGUGCACAUGUUGCCCUCUCUCGCGGCUCGCCUUUUCGCCAUCGCCGACAAAAUCGGAAUGAUGUCGGAAGGCUUCGUCUGGAUUCUCACCGGCGCCACCGCCAAUUUGCUCCAAUCCAUGGACUCCUCUGUUCUGCACUCCAUGGACGGAGCUCUCGGAGUCAAGACCUUCGUCCCCAAAUCAAUGAAGCUCGACGAAUUCACGGUCAGAUGGAAGCGCAAAUUCCUCUCGCAAAAUCCCACCCUCAACGACCCCCAAUUGGACGUCUUCGGAUUGUGGGCCCACGAUGCCGCCAAGGCGCUGGCCAUGGCCGUGGAGCGAAUCGGGCCCGCGAAUUUCACUUACCUAAAAAACCCAAAUCUCACGGAUCUGCAAUCUCUCGGGGUCUCCGAAAACGGGGAGAAAUUAAGAGAUUUCUUAUCGACGACGAAAUUCAGGGGACUCGCCGGAGAUUUCGGGGUCGCGAACGGGGAGCUGCAGUCGGCGACUUUGGAGGUGGUGAAUGUGAAUGGGAAUUGGGGGAACCGGGUCGGGUUUUGGACGCCGGAAAAUGGGUUGACGAAGGAUUGGAGUGCGAGUGGGACGAGAUCGAUAAUCUGGCCCGGGGACACGGCGGCGCAGCCGAGGGGGUGGGAGAUGCCGACGAUGGGUACGCGCCUGAAAAUCGGGGUUCCGAGAAAAGACGGGUACAGCGAAUUUGUGAGAAUCACCAAAAACGGAACGGAUGCGGAAGGGUACUGUACGGACGUGUUCGAAGCGGCGCUGGCCGGACUUCCGUACGCCGUUCCGUUUGAUUACUUUCCUUUCGACGGCGCCUACGAUGAACUCAUCAUGAAAGUACACGAUGGGUUUUUCGACGGCGCCGUAGGUGACAUAACGAUCGUAGCGAACAGAUCUCAGUACGUGGACUUCACAUUGCCGUUCACAGAAUCUGGAGUUUCAAUGGUGGUUCCAACGCAGUCAAAUUCGAAGAACAGAGCAUGGGUUUUUCUGAAGCCGCUGACUUUAGACCUCUGGAUCACCAGCUUCUGCUUCUUCGUGUUCAUGGGGUUCGUCGUUUGGAUUCUGGAGCACCGAAUCAAUGAAGAUUUCCGUGGCCCUCCCUCCCACCAGAUCGGCACCAGCCUCUGGUUCUCCUUCUGCACCAUGGUCUUCGCCCAAAGGGAGACUUUGAUAAGCAAUUUGGCGAGGUUCGUGGUGGUGAUAUGGUUCUUCGUGGUGUUCAUUUUGACUCAGAGCUACACGGCGAGCUUGACUUCGCUUCUGACAGUGCAACAGUUGCAGCCGAGCAUUACGGAUAUAAACGAACUGAUGAAGAGGCAGCCGUGGGUGGGAUAUCAGGAGGGUUCCUUCGUGUUGGGGCUGUUGAGAUCUGUGGGGUUUAAGAAUCUCAGGCCUUAUGCUUCCCCUGAUGAACUCCACAAGUUUUUCAAACGUGGAAGCUCCAAUGGCGGCUUUGAUGCUGCUUUUGAUGAAAUCCCUUACAUUAAGCUCUUCCUCUCCAAGUUUCCUGAUAAGUACACCAUGUCUGACCCCAUCUACAAAGCUGAUGGAUUUGGAUUUGCGUUUCCGAUGGGGUCACCGCUGGUGGCGGACAUAUCAAGACAGGUAUUAAAUGUGACGGAAAGUGAGAAGAUGAACCAAAUACAGAAGAAAUGGCUGGGCGAGAACUGCAACUCGCCGUCCUCCGGCGGGAACGUGGGUUCUUCGCGGCUGAACCUGAGCAGCUUCUGGGGCCUGUUCCUCAUCGCGGGCUCCGCCGCCGUGGUGGCGCUGCUCAUCUACUUCGCCAUCUUCCUUUAUAAAGAGCACCACACGCUCCGCCGCACCGCCGCCGACGAAGGCUCCAACUCCCCCGUCUUGAGAAAACUCCGAGCGCUCCUCAGAACCUACGACGGCAGGGACUUGACUUCCCACACCUUCAGAAAGAGUAAUAAUAUUAAUGUUGAGGCUCACGCGAUGGACGGCGCGUCGCCCAGCUCCAAUUGCCCGCCGAGCCCGUCCAAUUAUUCGGUUCAAGACGCCAGCUUUGAGUUCUUUAAUGGGUCCGGGGAUUCGAGUCCGAUGAACCGGAACCAAACGCCGCCUCUGCACAACCAGGAGGUGGGGUUGGAAUUAACUAGUGGAGAAGAAAUAACUGAAAUUAUUGUCAAUAAUUGAUUUAGUUUUUUUUUUUUUUUAUGGGAAUAGGAAGUUUUUUUUAGGUGUAUAUUUGUGCAUAGAUUCUGACCUUGUACACCACAAAAUUCCCUUUCUAGUCUAUAGAUGAUUAAUUGUAUGAAGUAGUUUUUUAAAAUGUAAAUUAAAAAUUUUAAAU